AUGGAGAGCAACAGCGAAACCUCUCCCCCUGAGACCAUGGAAUCCCUCUCCAUUUCCGCCGAAUCCUCGUCCCAGAUGAGCUUGGAAGAAAGGUUUGAGACUAUAAGGAGCAUCGGUGAAGAGUGUAUACAAGAGGAUGAAUUGAAGAGACUCUUGGCUAACAAGCCACAGCCUGUUUGCUAUGAUGGGUUCGAACCGUCUGGACGGAUGCACAUUGCUCAGGGAGUUAUGAAAGCAAUUAAUGUCAACAAACUGACUUCUGCUGGCUGCAAAGUUAAAAUUUGGAUCGCAGAUUGGUUUGCACAGCUAAAUAAUAAAAUGGGGGGUGACUUGAAGAAAAUCCAAGUAAUAGGACAGUAUCUGAUUGAGAUAUGGAAAGCUGUAGGGAUGAAUAUAGAAGGAGGUCAGGUGGAAUUUCUUUGGUCUUCUGAAGAGAUCAACACCAGGGCUCACGAAUACUGGCCUCUUGUAAUGGACAUUGCUAGGAGGAAUAAACUUCCAAGAAUAUUGAGGUGUUGUCAAAUUAUGGGUCGCUCUGAACAAGAUGAAUUGUCAGCAGCCCAGAUUUUCUACCCGUGCAUGCAGUGUGCUGAUGUAUUUUUUCUUAAGGCCGACAUCUGUCAGUUGGGCAUGGACCAGCGCAAAGUGAAUGUACUUGCUAGAGAGUACUGUGAUGACAUAAAAAGAAAAAACAAGCCCAUAAUACUGUCCCACCAUAUGCUCCCUGGUUUGCAAGAAGGUCAAGAAAAGAUGUCAAAGAGUGAUCCAUCAUCUUCCAUAUACAUGGAGGAUGAAGAGGCUGAAGUGAAUGUGAAGAUAAAGAAAGCAUUCUGCCCUCCAAAGGUGGUAGAAAAGAAUCCAUGCCUUGAGUACAUCAAGUAUAUUAUUUUCCCAUGGUUUAAUGGGUUCAAGGUUGAGCGAAAUGCGGAUAAUGGUGGUGACAAGACCUUCAAGAGUUUUGAGGAACUAUCAUCUGAUUAUGAAAGUGGGGAAUUGCACCCUGGGGACCUCAAACCAGCUCUAGCAAAAGCACUUAACCAGAUACUACAGCCUGUAAGAGAUCAUUUCAAGAAUGAUCCGAAGGCUAAAGAGCUAGUGAAACGGGUUAAGAGCUACAAGAGGAGAAAGGUAUCCAAAGAACCUUGUGAUCCAACAGAUACUUUGACGAAUGGCACUGUUCUUGACAGCUCUAACAAUAAUACGCAAAGUUCAGGGCCUCCUGAUAGUGGUAAAUUCAUUUUCAAGUCUUCAACGGUCACAGUUUCUAUUCUUAAGAAACCACUUCCAGAUUCCAAUAGUAACAAGCCAGCAAAAGGAGGAGUCAAAGUAUCAGGAGGCAGGACCCACCGCUGUUGCAAGCAGUGGAUUGCAAUCAUUAUGCCAACAAUAUGGAAGUGA